UUCAUCCUAUUUAGGAAUUAUAUAACCGAGCAGAGAGCUAUAAAUGAGUAUUUAUUGACCCCUGAUGAACUUUCUGGGUUAAGAGUCACCAUUCGAAGAAGUGCAUUCGAUACUAAUAUUCCAGACAAGGUUUAUUGGCUCAAAGAUGUCGAAUCCAAAGCCGUGCAGAAAUGGGGAUCUUUAGAAAAGGUUGAAAUUGAAAGAGAAAUAAAAGAGAGAGGCGAAGCGGAGAAUUAUUUUCCUGUUUACAAAAAAUUAUUAUUUGAUCAGGUUCGAGAGAGAGAGAAGAAGAAAGAGGAGAAACUGUCCCGAGAAACCUGGCCAGUUCGUAAUCUUAAUUUAAAGGACAAAGGAGGCAUAACAGGAAGUUCUGGAAAAGUUGUUUUAUCUGCAAUAUUUAUUAACACCGCAAAUUUUGGAAUAAAACUGGUAGCCUGUGUCCUAACAGGUUCCCAUUCUAUGUUUUCUGAAGCUAUUCAUAGUCUUGCUGAUACUUUGAACCAGUGUAUCCUGGCCUACGGUAUCCACUAUUCGACCAAGAACCCUAGCAAGGAUCAUCCCUACGGAUACUCAAAUAUGCAGUACGUUACAGCGCUCAUUUCAGGGGUCGGGAUAUUCUGUAUAGGAUCGGGACUAUCUGCGUAUCACGGUAUUCUUGGUUUAACCAACCCUCAUCAGCUGGAGAGUAUCAGCAUAGCCCUUGGUAUCCUAGGGGUCAGCUUCAUCUCAGAGAGUGUCACGCUCUACCUGGCUGUUCAGAGUAUAAGAAAGAGCGCUGCGGAAAAGAAUACGACGUUUCUAGAAUUUGUGUGGAGUGGUUGGGAUCCGUGUGUUAAUGUUGUUCUUCUAGAAGAUCUAGCAUAUUGUUGUGUUAUGGUGGCAGGAGGGUGCAUGAGUCUUUCAUAUUAUACAGGUUCCCAUAUUCCUGAUGCUGUGGGUUCCCUUGUUAUUGCAUCCUUGCUUGGUUCCGUUGCAUCCUUCAUGAUAUAUUCGAACUCAGGAGCUCUAGUGGGUCGGUCUAUACCUGAUAGUAGACUAGAGGAUAUUAAUCAGGAACUAGAAGGCGAUAUAAUGGUCAGACAGGUGUAUGAUGUGAAGGGAAUAGAUAUGGGAAAUGGAGUUGUCAGAUACAAGGCUGAAAUAGAUUUUGAUGGAAGAGCUUUGGCUCGCUCCUAUCUUCAGAAACAAAAUAUUCAGGAAAUAUUACGAAGUAUCAAAUCUGUUCAAAAUGAGAAGGAUGCCGAGGAGUUCUUGUUGAAACACGGGGAGAACAUCGUCGAUUGUCUCGGACAGGAGGUUGAUCGGAUAGAGAAGAAUCUCAAAACUAAACAUCCCGAGGUCAGGCAUGUGGAUCUAGAGGUCCUUUAAGAGCCCUCCAUCACAGUCGGAGGUCAGACAUGUGGUUCUAGAGGCCCUUUAAGAGCCCUCCACCACAUCUGGAGGUCAGACAUGUUGAUCUAAGGCCCUUUAAGAGCCCUCUACCACAAGGUCAGCCAUGUGGAUUUAGAGGUCCUUCAAGAUGCGUCCAAUACAUCCGGAGGUCAGACAUGUGGAUCUAGAGGUCCUUCAAGAGGUCUCUACAAAUCCAGAGGUCUGACAUAGAGAUCUAGAGGUCCCAUGAAAGGUCUCCUUCACAACCAGAGGUCAGACAUGUUGAUCCUGAGACCCUGUUAGAGGUCUCACAACAUACAAAAAGUUUGGUUUGAGAAACUGUUAGAACUAGAUCUUCAUAUCGCAUUAGAACUGACCUCUAAAAGGCAUGUUUUGACCUCUUUAAGCUUUAGUCCGAAAAGUAUGAAAUCAGCAUUGACUUAUUUAAUAUUUAUUCAAUGUUUCUAUUCCAUCUAAUACAAAAAUAAGUUAUUUCUAUAUUUACAUUAGAAUUUUUUCAUAUUUUCGCUUAAGUUUAUUCCUCAAUUUGUCUUUCCUUGGAUUUUAAAAUUUAACCAUAAAUUUUAAUAAAUUUAUUAUUCUUAACUUACAUUUAAAGAUUUAAUGUACAAAGUCCCAAUGAGAUUCAAUAACUUUUUUAUUUUACCAGUUUUUGAUACUUAAGAAUUUUAAAACUAAAUAUAAUUUUGAAAAAUGCGCUUUUCUUAAAAAAAAAAUUACCUGGUUCAAAAAUUAAUCCGAAUUAUGUAGAAUUUUGUUUAUGAACUCUAAUAAUUCAAACCAAGUAUUUCUGGUCUUCGUCCAUUCCAUUUUAGUAGCAAAAUUUAAAUUUAGAAAUGUUUAAUUUUAAAAUUGUAAAACUAGGUAAAUUAUUCAACUUAUAGACUGUGAUUUUUUCAGAAUGAAUUAAAAUGUUUAAAUCUGCUCUGUUUCUUUUAUCACGUGUAAACCAGCAGGGUUAAAUAGAAACAAUAUCUUCAGA